AUGGCAGUGGCAACGCUGUCCCGUGUUCCGCAGCAUCGGCGCGAACUCAGCAAAGGCCAGCUGUCACACAAGCCAGACAUGGGCCCGGCCGUACCAUCACGAUGGAUGACGUUCUUCCUGGGACUACCCGAACCCGUGAGAGACUGCCUGUUUGAGCACCUCGAUUAUACGACAUCCUGCAACCUGGCCAUGGUGUGCCGGUUCUUCGCCGACUCUGUCCAGCCCUGGAAAGCUGAUGUCGAGGAUAAAGUGGCCGCCGUGUUCCAGGCCGAGAGGUACUUCGCUCAGCACUUUCCUGGCACGAGCCACGACCGCGAGGACCCCAAGGCCGAGUCCCAGGGCAACUUUGGCUGCUUCCUCUGCCACCGCGUCCGGGGCCCUGAGCACUUUGACAGCGAGCAGCCGGCCACGGCCAUCAUGCACCAGAUUGGCCUGCGCCCAGACGUCAUCGCCAGGAGCCGCCGCACGUACAGGGCCUGCGCGCCCGACAAGUGCGUUCAGCAUGCCGCGGUCGCAGGAGGCGUCCGGGGCGACCGGGACCUGUGGCUCUGCUCGUGUCGGUCCUCGCUCAUCCACGCUGCCGGGGACUUUACGCGGGACGACGACAGACGCCUCGUCGUCGCGAAGCCGUCACGGCGGGUGCAUCUGAGGCGGUUCUGCGUCGAGUGCGGCGUGCAGACGAAUCUUCACAGGACGGGCGACCAGCUCACGACGAAGACGGGCCGCGAGCUGUGGGUUUGCUCGUGUCGGUGUCGAUCGGUGUCUCAGCUCGGUCAAGUCGAGUCGGCACACACCAAGCCGGGCGGUCGCGAGGCGGAGACAAGGUCGGCUGCAUGGGUGCUUGGCGUGAGCCGCGAUACCAUUGGUAGGAGGACGGUUCGACGGCAUGAUCCUUCGCUUCUGGCGAAUGAAAUGUGGUGGAAACGUCGCGACUUCGCCUUCAGCUCAUGCGAUCCUGCUUGCGUCUCUCCCACCUUCGAGCUGCUGCGCGGGACGUUGCCCAGCAGACUACAACGGCCGCGUCGCAAUGGAAUGGCCGAACCCAUCGGAGCCAUCAGCGGCGUAGCCGGCCUCAUCAUCUUCGCUACGAACCUCAGUGUCGGCAUUAGCCGCCGCAUCGACGCCGUCCGCGGGCUGCCGCGGACGCUGCAGGCGCUGUCGGCCGAUCUCAAGGGCUUCGUCUCCGUCCUCGGCACCCUGCAAGGCUAUCUCGACCACGAGGACACGAGGCAGGGCGUGCUCCAUCCGGGCACGGUCGACGAGCUGUCCGACGUGCUGGAGGACUGCAUCCAGGUCUUCACCGAGCUUAGCCAGCAGUUGAACAAGGACUUGAACGGAUCCGGCGAGGCCUCGGCUGAUGCCAAGAUGAGCACGUGGCGGCGACUUCGGCUGUCUUUCCGGGACAAGGACUUUGAGGAGCUGAGGGCGAAGCUGGCGGCUCGAAAGCUGACGCUGACGGUCGCUGUGUCGGUCGCCAACUUCAUCAACACGUCUUCCCACGUGGGUAUGACGUGGCAGAUGCAGAGCGAUCUUCAGGUGAUGAAGGCCGAGGUGUCCGCCGUGCUGCAGCGGCUCGAGACCAUGCAGGCGAGCGAGUCUCUGCCGGGAGUCGCCAGCAUGGCCAGCACUUCACUGGGAUCCCAGGGCUUGUCGUUGAUGCGUAGAAGAAGCGGCAGCCACAAGAGAUCCAGUCGAGCGGGUUCGAGACAGGAGUACGCGCCGGAAGAGGUUGAGCGAAGACGGGACUGCUCCAGACCAGAUAUUCGAGGAGGUCUUGGCCGCACCGGUUUAGUCGGCAGCUGGGUCACAGCGAUCCAAGCACUCCAAAGCAAAGCGUUCACCAUGGAUAUCUAUAGCAUGCAAAAGGUCCAGCGAGAGACUGCACAGCCAAAAUUAGUCUCGGCCAGUAUCGACGCUCUACUCCACCCUUUCUCAAGCAUGACGCACACGAACGACCAGAUCAACGAGAUAUUAGGCACACAGAAUACUCUCCAGCCCGAGACCGCUACUACUCGCCGCGCCCGAGCCCCUCAGCUCAAAGCCUUGCCGAGCGAGGUCGUCUCGAAGCGAGCCGCUCCCCUCCUAUUCGACAGUGAGUCGAGCGGCCUCAGUCUGCUAAACCUCCCUUCUAGCGACACGCAUGAAAAGGAAAGCGAAGAAGAAAGUGAUGGCAUUCUCCUCGCCGGCCUCCCCCGUCAAACCGGCAACAUCAAGCCCGGCCAGCCCCUCUUUAGCAACGAGUUUUUCGAAAUCCGCAAGUCUCCGCUCGGCGGCAUGGGCGCCUUUGCCGUACAAGACCUGGGCCCUGGCGACAUGAUCCUCAUGGAACGCGCCGUUGUCCGGUCCACCGACGUGGACAGGGACCUCAUCCGACACUUCACAAAUCUGAGCGCUUCGGACAAGGGACUCGUUCUCGACCUCGCCAUGCACAAACCCAGCCGCAUAGCGCAUGACGACUCGCUCCACACCCGACUCAAGGCCAUCUUCACAACCAACUAUUUCGCUUGCACGACCAAGGCGCCCGGCCAUGGCCUCUUCCUCGUCGCUUCGCGCUUCAACCACGCGUGCCGUCCGCACAUGAACGUCAACUAUGGCUUCGACCGUGAGCUCGACGCCCUGGUCUUCACGGUGGCUGGAGGCCAGGUCAAGGCCGGCACGGAGUUGACCAUCAACUACGGCAAGGACGCCGCGAGUCUGAAGGCCGUGUAUGGGUUCGAGUGUGCGUGCGGCGGCGAUUGCAAGAUUUCCCGGCAGAGGCAAGAUGCGCGUGAGUGGGGGAUUGACCUGCAGUGA